CUGUGGCAUUUCUAGGAAGGAAAGAAGGAUGAAUGCCAUCGAAAAGUAUUCGAACACCCCGCCCCACCUCCGGAAGAUGCCAAGACAGCCAGGGUGGUGACUUCCGUCUUGCUGAAGAAAGUUGUGCUGGGGAGGUUUGCUGGCUCCUGGGUUUUGCAAAAUGGAUAGCCAGGGAAGGAAAGUGGUGGUUUGUGACAAUGGAACCGGGUUUGUGAAGUGUGGCUAUGCAGGCUCCAACUUCCCCGAGCACAUCUUCCCUGCCUUGGUGGGCAGGCCAAUCAUUCGCUCCACAGCCAAAGUGGGCAACAUUGAGAUUAAGGACCUGAUGGUGGGCGACGAGGCCAGCGAGCUGCGCUCCAUGCUAGAGGUCAACUACCCCAUGGAGAACGGCAUCGUGAGGAACUGGGACGACAUGAAGCACCUGUGGGACUACACCUUCGGGCCUGAGAAGCUCAACAUCGACUCCAGGAACUGCAAGAUCCUGCUCACCGAGCCGCCCAUGAACCCCACCAAGAACCGAGAGAAGAUCAUCGAGGUGAUGUUUGAGACGUAUCAGUUCUCAGGGGUCUACAUUGCUAUCCAGGCUGUGCUGACGCUCUACGCCCAAGGCCUGCUGACAGGUGUUGUGGUGGACUCUGGGGACGGUGUGACACACAUCUGUCCGGUGUACGAGGGCUUCAGCUUGCCCCAUCUGACACGACGCCUGGACAUCGCUGGGAGGGACAUAACCCGCUACCUCAUUAAGCUGUUGUUGCUGAGGGGCUAUGCGUUCAACCACUCUGCAGACUUUGAGACGGUGCGUAUGAUGAAGGAGAAGCUGUGCUACGUGGGUUACAACAUCGAACAGGAGCAGAAACUGGCUCUGGAGACCACCGUGCUGGUCGAAUCCUACCAGCUCCCAGACGGCAGGGUGAUCAAGGUGGGAGGGGAGCGUUUCGAGGCUCCAGAGGCUUUGUUCCAGCCCCAUCUCAUCAACGUAGAGGGAGUAGGGGUGGCAGAGCUGCUCUUCAACACUAUCCAUGCAGCCGACAUCGACACCAGGUCUGAGUUCUAUAAACACAUAGUGUUGUCGGGUGGUUCCACCAUGUAUCCAGGUCUUCCAUCUCGACUAGAGAGAGAGCUCAAACAGCUCUACCUGGAACGCGUGCUUAAAGGUGACGUGGACAAACUCUCGAAAUUUAAGAUCCGCAUCGAGGACCCGCCGCGACGUAAGCACAUGGUGUUCCUGGGUGGGGCCGUGCUGGCAGACAUCAUGAAGGACAAAGAUAACUUCUGGCUGACCAGGGAGGAGUACCAGGAGAAAGGUGUCAGGGUGCUGGAGAAACUGGGAGUCACUGUCAGAUAAAGACCUCCACAAUGUUAAAGACCACACACACACACACACACACACACAAUCAAACAUAUAAAUAUCCAUAUAUUCACACAAACACUGAAGGGUCAUCAUAGAGAAGUACCUAGAAUGGUGAAUGUGUAAAACACACAGACACACACGGUUUCCUCCCCCAUGGCAGACUAGAUCUCUAUUUAUCCAUCUUCCUCCUCUAUACAACAGAAUCACGGCAUCACCGUAGGGAGUGAUGACGCCACUCCUCCUGCCCUCCUCCAGCCCUCCUCUCCUCCUGUCUUCUGAUGGCCUAGUGUAGUUUAGCUCAGGGUUGGUAGUAGAGUUCACGGUGGAUAUCAAGUCUCCUGAAGAAAGAAAUUCACAUUUUCACAACACGGUGAAAGCAAUAUGAUGGAAAGUUAGUCAAGGAGUCUAUUUCCACACUAUGCUAUUUUUUUCAGACUAGUGCAGAUCAGGGUUGAGGUCAAUUUCAGUUUUGAUUUUUUUUUUUAAGAAAGUGAAAACAGAAUGGUCCCCAACCUUAAUGCAGACGAGGAGACGAGGAGAGGAGAACAACGAUAGACUAUUGAGACCCACCCCUAGAGCAGUUAAACCUCUUGUCUCCUUACCAAUCACUUCAAACUUCCCUGUCCUCUUCAUAAAGGAGUCGCUAGAAGCUGUCCCUAAUCGCUGAUGCAGGGUCAGAUGUUAUCAUAAAGGAGUAGCUAGAAGCUGUCCCUAAUUGCUUAUGCAGGGUCAGAUGUUAUCUCAUUUCCCAAAUGGUUAAAGGGAUAGUGUGAGAUUUUGGCAAUUAAGACUUUUUUUCUACUUACCCAGAGUCAGAUGAACUUGUGGACACCAAAACAGGCUGAACUUUCAGGCAGUCUUUUCAAACAGCUCUUACACUAAAAGGGCAUUAUCAUAAUUUUAACAAUUUCACAGUAUUAUUCCAACCUCAUAGUGUGGAAAUGGAUAUAUAAAAAAACUAGUAAAUCACUUUUUUUGGACUGCACUGGUCCUUUAAGGUCCGGGUACGGUUAGGGUUGACUGAUCCUAUAUCUGUGGGUAUUUAGAGACAACCUACCAUAAGCUUUCUAGGACGUCACAAUCAGGAUGUUUCUGAAACAGGCUUGGCCAGUCCAGUAUAUACACAGACCAUUAUUCAUUGUGGACUGAUCAUGUUUUUAUAUGGUAUUUUGUUUUGUAUAUCAUGAUUUAUUCAUUUCUCUUUUUGGGAGGGAUGUCUUGAUUCUUCUGUUGGAUGUAUACAGAUCCUCUUUACCUUCAUUUUUUUUUUUUACAUCAUUUUAUGUUUUUGUGGUGCACGACCAUUUGAAAAUGGACUAUAUGUCAUGAAAAUUCCUCCUUGUUUUUAAUGAAGAAUUGAUGAUGAUGAUGAGGAUAAUGAAGAUGAUUAUAAGGGAUGUGACCUCUGACCUUAGUGACGGUAGUGGGGUUCAAAGGUCGGGGGUUCAGGAGUGGGGUUGCGUGAGGGUCAUGAUAUUAAAACAUGGUUCAAUCUGAAAGUUGUACUAUUAGGUCUGCUCCAGUCGAGCAGCACACAACAACCAAUGGUUAUAUGCCACGUCAUCGACUUCACAGUCGGGUAUCAGAUUGCUACAUCCUAUGGUAACUGUUCCCCAGACACAGAUUUGUCCUGGACUAAACAUUCUCGAUGGAGAUUUUUCAUUGGAAUACAUUUUGAAUCCAGUAGCAGGCUUAAUCAGUCCGGUUAACUGGACCUAGAUGUGGUUAGCUGAUAUGUUAAACACCUCUCCAGCCGCUGACGUCUGGCAGGCCGCUGAAGUGUAAUCAGCUUGGAACAUGUCCUCUGAGACGUAGUAAAAAGCUGCUAUUUAAGUUCACUAGUCCGGCUCUCACCAUCACAACAUCAUGUAUAUUGGAGGCACUUCCCCCCCUCCCCCAAGCCUAAUAUAAUAUUUGUUGUUUUCAUAAAUGUUCUAUCCAGUGCCAAGAGCAGUGAUUGUUAUCUGGAUCUUUCAUGUUUUUAUUUGACGUUUCUGUCCUGUCUUUUUUGUUUUUAUGUUCUUAUUGUUCAUAGUGUAACUGCCUAACGUCGCUGAUUUAAAUAAAGUAAAGUGAUUUCUAAGGAA